UUGCUUCACGGUCCCCCAAGAGUGGGACUCACUGAGGGCUAGGUCCUGGAUGGCUGUCCAGAGUCCAGGGGGUCGCCCGUGCCUAAAAUCCCACCGUCGCUGCCGUGGGGCUCCUCGGAAGAAUGCCGCCCUCACAGCUCAGGAGAGAGGGGUUCGCGCGUACCCCGGGGAGGAGGUGGGGCCCCGGAGUCUCCGGUGGCCGCAGUGCCCUCCUGUCCUCUGCGUGGCCCCAAAGGACAGCCCCGUUGUGGCAGACGAGGCAUGCGGUCUGGCCAGCAGCAAGCGUCUCAGCAAAAGCAGCAUCGAUGUGUCCAGCGUGCCCGAGGAUGAGGAGCCCCAGAGGCCAUUGCCGCGGAAACAGAGCGACUCGUCCACCUACGACUGUGAGGCCAUCACCCAGCAUCACGCCUUCCUGUCGAGCAUCCACUCCAGCGUGCUGAAGGACGAGGCCGAGCCCCCUGCGGCCGGGGGGUCCCAGCCACCCGAGGUCAGCCUGGGUCGCUUGGACUUCGACGUGUCCGACUUCUUCCUCUUCGGCUCGCCCCUGGGCCUGGUCCUGGCCAUGCGGAGGACGGUGCUGCCCGGGCUGGACGGCUUCCAGGUGCGUCCCGCCUGCGGCCAAGUAUACAGCUUCUUCCAUUGUGCGGACCCCUCGGCUUCACGGCUGGAGCCCCUGCUGGAGCCCAAGUUCCACCUGGUGCCGCCCGUCAGCGUGCCCCGCUACCAGAGGUUCCCGCUGGGCGAUGGACAGUCCCUGCUCCUGGCGGAUGCUCUACACGCCCACAGCUCCCUCUUCCUGGAGGGCAGCUCGCGGGACAGCCCACCGCUUCCGGACGCCCCCGCCUCGUCUCCCCAGGCCCUGCGGGCCCAGCGCCCAGGACGGAGGAUGAGCCAGGACAGCUCCCAUAGCGAGAGCUCAGGGUCCUCGGACAGCCUGGCCCCCGCAGGCGCCUCCCGCAUCACGGCCAAGUGGUGGGGCACCAAGCGCAUCGAUUACGCCCUGUACUGUCCUGAUGUCCUCACGGCCUUCCCCACGGUGGCCCUGCCUCACCUCUUCCACGCCAGCUACUGGGAGUCCACGGACGUGGUGGCCUUCAUCCUGAGACAGGUACUGCGCCCCUUCCUGGAGGGCCCGUCCUUGUGCGUGGGAGAGGGCGACCUUGCAGGCCACCCUGGGCCCUGGAGCCGUUAG